UUGUUCUGUAGUCCCCCAGGUCCUCAGGAGCUGCGCGGAAUUCAUUGAGCAGCACGGCGUGGUGCGGGGGAUAUACCGCCUGUCCGGCGUCGCCUCCAAGAUCCAGAAGCUGCGCCAGGAAUUUGAGUCUGAGCAGGUUCCGGAGCUAACGGACGUCCGUGACAUUCACAGUGUGAGCUCCCUCUGCAAAAUGUACUUCAGGGAGCUCCCGAGCCCUCUGCUGUGCGACCAUCUGUAUGAGAAGUUCUCGGAGGCUGUUUCUGCCGCUACGGAUGAGGAGCGGCUGGUGAGAAUGCAGGACGUCCUCCAGCAGCUGCCCCCGCCUCAUUACAGGACCCUGGAGUACCUGAUGAGACACUUGGCUUGUCUGGUUGGGAGCUGCUCCAUCACAAAUAUGCACGCUAAGAACUUAGCGAUUGUGUGGGCUCCCAACCUCUUAAGAUCACCGCAGAGCCAGUCUGCCUGCGUCAGCGGAGGAGCUGCCUUCAUGGAAGUGCAGAUGCAGUCGGCCGUGGUGGAGUUCAUCCUGAACCACACGGACGUUCUCUUCAGCUCCAAAUCCACGUCAGACGUCGGAGAUGGAGCAGGGCACGGUUCUUCAUCGGGGCCCAAGUCUCCGGGGGUGUCUUCUCCCUCCACAAAGCUGCUCACACUGGAGGAGGCACAGGCACGGGCACGAGGCCACAGCGGCUCUCCCGUCAUGGCGGAGAGCAGGGACAUUGAAGUGGAAGAAGGCCCCGCAGCUUUACAGGGGCAAUUCCACACAGUCAUUGACUUUCCAUCUGAAAGCACAUGUCCACCCAGGAAGAUGGAGAACUCAGCAGCUGGCUGUUGGUGUUCGUGCUUCAGCCUGGGGAAACCAUCCUCUGCGGCCAAGCGCCAACUGCGUCGCGAUCGCAGGGAGCCCUCAGAAACAGGAGUCCCAGUCCUGGCAGGUAAGGGCGCAAAUCCAGCUUUCAAGACACUGCUUUACAGCACCAUAGAAUUCCUGCGUUCAGUGCGCUUGUAUCCACUUCUAGCGUUCAAGCCCGGACCUAGCAUCUUCCGUUAAGCCCUGUCUUUCCUAAAUGAGUCUCUUGUGAACUCAGGAUCUGCACCUGCCGGAGCGCACCCCUCUCAUGCCUUUCCCCCAAGUAGGUUUUGACAGGCAGUGUAUGGGCAGCACUACAAUAU